UUUAUUUGGCAGUCCACGAACCACGUGGUCGGUCAGCAAAUGUGACUUCCGUUGGUGUAGCUCUCUUUUCAUACGGCUCUUGUGCGCAUAACUGAAAUCUCUGGAAUUCUUAGCUUCACAACAAAAUGGGAAAGAAAGUGAUCCUCAUAUCAGUCAUUAUUGCAGCAUUUUCAGCAUUCCUUGGCGAACGCCUAAUGACCAUACGGAAGAGAUGUCAUGCUACUAGGGAGCUAAUCCCAAACCACCUCCCAAACUGUAAACAUAUCAAAGGCCUUGAAUAUGGAUCAGAAGAUAUCACAAUGCUUCCUGGUGGACUGGCACUCAUCAGCACUGGUCUGAAAUAUCCAGGCAUGCCGUCAUUCUCAGAUGGCCCUGGGAAAAUCUACCUCCUGGAUAUAGAAUCGGACCGAAAGAGGCCUGUGGAACUACGCAUGGGAAGAGGCUUUGACCUUGAGUCAUUCAAUCCCCAUGGAAUCAGUGUGUACACCGAUGCUGAUGGUGCCAUACACCUCUUCGUUGUCAAUCAUCCUCAGUCUCAAAGCCAGGUGGAAAUAUUUCGAUUCCUGGAGGAAGAAAAUACCCUUGAGUAUCUGAAAACGAUAAAGCAUGAACUCUUGCACAGUGUGAACGAUAUCGUGGCUUUGGGAGCGGAGAGUUUUUAUGCCACAAAUGAUAACUACUUUUCCAACGGGAUUCUGAAAAUGUUAGGAUUAUUCCUUUCCCUCCCCUGGUGUACCGUCGUGUACUACAGCCCUGAAGAAGUUAAAGUUGUGGCAGAAGGUUUUUACAUGGCAAAUGGCAUCAACGUUUCUCCUGAUAAAAAGCACAUAUAUGUGGCGGAUAUUCUCGACAGCAAAGUUCAUGUGAUGGAGAGACAGGACAGCAAUGAUUUAAUACCUGUAAAGUUUGUGGAUGUGGGAUCACUUGUUGAUAAUAUUGAAGUUGAUCCUGAGACGGGUGACUUGUGGUUGGGAUGUCAUCCCAACGCCUGGAAAGCUUUUCUGAAUGAUAUAGAGGACCCACCAGGUUCAGAGGUUAUUAAGAUUGAGAACAUCCUUUCGGACCAGCCAACUGUGAACCAGGUCUUUAUGGAUGAUGGGAGUGUGAUCAUUGGUUCCUCUGUAGCGACUCUCUAUGGAGGAAAAGUCCUCAUCGGUUCAGUCUAUCACAGAGCCCUCUGCUGUGAUCUCAAGUAGUUACUGAAGUUUGGUUCUUCUCACUUGACAGCCGAAGAAGCUAAUGAACAUAAUUAUGUCCAUAAUUCAUCACAUAAUUCGUGCACAGAACCAGCACAGUGUCUGGUCAAGGUGUGAAGAGAUGUAUGUUUGAGCUUUCAUGUUGCACUUGAACAUAAAAACCUGUUGGACUCACCACUGUUACCGUCUUAAGUAGCUUGUUUACACUUUCAGGUGCUACUCUAUUCAACAUGGGUUGUUUGUAAGGUGUGAUCAGUUAUUUAGACUACUUUGGUGUUUUUACAUGUUAUAUGUGGCACACAUUUGGUCAUAUCCAAUAAAUUGUUCUGUUUGUUG